GUCAUUUUAAAACACGUUGACGACAAAAUCAGAAAAGUUAAAAUCUUGUACGCUUUACAUUUUCUCUUGAAUUAGUUUAAUUAUUUUGUUUUCGGUUAAGUUUUUUGACAUUAAGUUUUUUGAAAUUCUGAAAAUCAAAAAAUGGCCGUUUCAAACGUGGUCAAAGUUUUCAUGCGAAAAUUCCUGCGAUUUAGAUCUGUAGUUAUGUUAAUUACCUUGAUUUUGGUCUGCAGUUUUGUGAAGGAAACUUUUAAGCGAAACAAACCAGAGCGGAGUCAAGAGCCAGAAUUAGAAAAGUUUGAAAAAUUCAGACCAACAGAACCAAGACUGAAAACCAAACCCAAAAUCAGUCCUCGGCCUGAUCUGCUAUGGAACCAAACGCCGCUGGAUUCUAUCGUAAAUUUAGUCGCUCAUGUUGAUUUCGUAAAAUGCCGAGAACCAAACCCCGAGACUGAUAUAAUACUCAAGCUACCGAAACAAGACUGCGCACUUUUUUGCGUUGGACGAGGAUUUAGCGAAGUUAAUGUUAAAUUAAAAACAAGCGAAUGCUUUUGCUCUAAUGAAAAUUCAUCAAUGCGGGAGGCCAAUUUUGACGGCUGCUCGACUGCUAAUCAUAUUUCAAGUCUGUUUUUAUCGUACCGGCUUACUGUUAGACACUAUCCGCAGUUACAAGGAACCAACAAUUUUCUCGGUUGUCUCAAAACAAAUAUAAAUAAUCUUCAAAAUAAAGGAAUAGAAUCUAUUUCCGAGAAAGAAACGAAAACCGCAUGCUACGAGGAUUGUUCAAAAAAACAACUGUCAAUUUCAAUCAGUGUGGUAACUUUGGCUAAAGCAACAAUGUGCUAUUGUGCUCCUAAUUUUUUGGAUUUUUUAUACUUCAUAGACAUGGAUCAAAAUAUCUCAGAAUCUUCAGAAAAGUGCAAACACGGGGAAGUUUCCGCCACUCAAUGGGCUCUUGAGAACUGCCGCGAGUCAGUGUUUUUGAACCCGCAAGCGCCGGUUUUGCCCCAAAUUGGACUCGUUACUAUACCAGGAUCGGGAAACACGUGGACUAGACUCCUGUUCCAGAAGUUAACUGGCAUUCUAUCCGGAAGUAUUUACCGGUCUGGUGAUUUGGUGAGAAAAGGUCUUCCAGGGGAAACGGAAACUCUUACUAGUGGCAAAACGACCAUGUUUAAAAUGCAUGAAGGACUCCAAAUAAAUGACAAUGAAAACACCAAAUACUACAAAACUAUGGCGAAGUUUGUUCACGUGUUCCGGAACCCCCUGCGGAGUACGUUGGCCGAGUUUAAUAGACGAAAGUAUGGUCAUACUAUAUCAUUCAGGAGCGAAGCAGACUUCAGAAAAGUAGCUGGAUCCCCUCCCAGCAAAAGAUACUUCAGUGCAAAUUUCGCCCAAACUUACGAGCAACAAACCAGCCGAGGAUUGAGCAUAUUGUCUGCCAUUUUCGAUGAUGGAAAACCUGUUUUGGUCAUUUCUUACGAAGACUUACAGCAAAAUCUUUUGUCGCAAUUACUCAGAAUUUUACUAUUUUUUGAUGUUGGUGAUGUAACGUCUUAUUGGAACCGAGCAAUAUGUACCUACUACAACGAUGCAAAAGCGAAAGAAUUUAAAAGAAAUUACAAAGUGGAUUUGGAAAAAGUAGCUGCUGAAUUUUUGAACAAACAGACAUUUCACGACGACUUGAUUCUUUUCGAGAAAAAUUUCACGCGUAAAGGAGUUCACUUUUUGAGAAUGGAUGAAUAUAUGAAGUCUUUUCAAAAUUAAAAUUGAA